CGGCGUAUUUGUGUAUAAUGGAAGGUAAAAUGAUGUUGGCUAUUUUUCUGGCAUCUGUUGAAUUGUAUGCGGUGGUAAGGAGCUCGUGUCCUGCUUGUACAAACAUAGACAAUUUCAGUGACCUGGUAAUACACAACACUGCCAUGGACAGCACUUUUAAAAUAUUAAAGGAUUUCGGCUUACUCCGUUGUGUACAACAAUGCCUUUUCAGAACCAGAUGUAACUCUAUAAACUUUGAUAUUUCAAGAAGCAUAUGUGAACUGAACCAGGCAACUAACAAUAGUCCAUCAUUCAGAAAUGGGAGUUUAUUUUCUGAAAUGACAAAUUGGCCCAAGAGACUUGCUGGUAUAUGUGAGAACCGUUCCUGUCCAACAAACAAAACAUGUGUGAUUGAAAAACAGGGUUCACAGAAAUUCACCGAUUGUAUCACAGAUGACAGAUCUCCGCUAGACAAGGGGUACACAAAGGCGCCAGCUUUUCCAUUCUUCUACAAAACAUACACUGUAAACAAGAACUAUGCCGAUGCCAGCCAGACUUGCCAUGACGAAGGAGCACGGCUCAUGGAACCUGACACAGAGGAGAAGAACACCUUCAUCCGUGGUAUCAUAGAUGAACAGAACACGAAUCACGUAUUUUUCGGACUGACAGAUUUUCAAGACAUUGGAGACUAUCGGUGGGUCUCUAACAAUGCUACGCUUACAUUUAACGACUGGCAACGUAAGGAACCGCAGCUUGGUAGAGGCGAAUUCUGCGCCGCUUUCUAUAAAGGCUUGGCCUGGCAAUGGGUUAACAUUUAUUGUUACAGGGAACUGCAAUUCAUGUGCGAGAUAACAGUUGCAUAAUACAUUAAUAUUGAAGAAAACAAAACUUCAUUAUGGUUGUUAUAAUUAACGCCAAGGCAGUUCCAAACUGUUCAUUAAACUCUGUGGUGUGCAGUAAUGUACAAAAGUACAUAAACGUGUUUUACUUUUAAUUUAAAUAAUUAUCUGGUGCAUAUUAUAUAUACGAUAAUUGAAAUCGUUAUCAGGUCACAUUCUGGUAACACCUAACAUGAUAGCAUGGCAAUUGCCGACCUGCUAUGUGUUAUUAGGUCCCUGGUAAUAUACACCCUGAUACUAUUAGGUACCUUUCUGGAACACUGUUUUUUUAUUAUUCCACCUUGUUUUGCGCUGACUGUCAAAGUUGUUCAGCUUUCUUUUCUCUGCACACAGACAUGCAUGUGUUUUGUAAUCAACGACUAUUUUUUUCUAUUGUUGACUCCUAAUAAACAUCUUUAUUCAAUCUCGUUUUUUUUUUUUUUUUUUUACAUAAAGCUUUCAUCGUUUUACUAAUAUGUCUGUCAAAUUUGAAUAACGUUGCAAACAUUAGGUGGCGCCUAACCUUUUAUACUGAGUGUAUAUACAUUAUAGUAGAUAAUUUUAUCAGUUUAGUGAAAUAAUAACCAUGCAAUUGGUUACUCUAAUAUUGGUGUUUCCAGGAACUAUUUUCUCGUAUGCUGACAACCUGUUUACACAUACCGAUAGCUAAGUGCAGAUAUAUCGGUACACAAUGUUUGUAAACAACAGUAUAAAUAAUGGUGUUUUUUAAAAUAAUUAUCCCAAAGGCGUUUCCAUUAAAACUAGUUUAUGGUGAAAUUAGAUGUAAAGAAAGCAAUUGUGUAAUGGUAGUCUCAUGUUCAUGUACAUCAGUGUAUUGUUUGCAUUAUUAGCUUAAUUCGCAAUGUAUUUGAAUGCACAGAAUUGUGUGAGGUAAAUAAUGUUUUUUUUAUGAAUAUUAUAUAUGUUUUGUUUUUUUUUCUAUGAAUUUUUUAUAUGCUAAUUAUAGAUUGAAAAGGUAAACAAGUAAUGCUAGUUGUAUGUUUAUGCAUUGUAAGACUGUCCUCUAUUAAUUAUGUUAAGUUGGUAAUGUUUUUGUUAUGGGCUAAACUGACGAAUUCAUAAAAGGUGGAGUUACCCAGGAUUUAGAGUAUGCAUUUACAAACUGCAAAUUGCAAACAGAAACGUGACCAAAUUUUUAUUAUUAUUAUUGUGUAAAUGUGCGCAUAAUAUAUUUUUUAAAAUGGAAUUAUAUUUAUUUGGUGAAGAUAGAUCUCUUCCAACAACAACAACAAAAAAAACCCCGCUAAACACUAGUUUAUUCUUAUGUAAGGGUAUACAAAAUGACGUCAUUUACGUUUGACGACAUUUUUAAUUAAAAAAGAAACCGCGUCACAUAUUUAGACUGUGUGUAUGUUGAACAAUUUAGAUUUGCAUUGACUAGACUUCGUGUUUCAACACAUAGGCUAUGUGUCGAAACCGGAAGGUGGGAAAAGUCAAAUGCUGUAUUACUCGAAGACCGAGUAUGUUAUAACUGUAACGUUAUUGAAGAGGAAUACCAUUUUAUACUUAUGUGUCCUGUUUAUAAUACCAUUCGUAGAAGAUAUAUUCCUGAAUUUUAUACAAGAAAUCCUAGUAUGUUUAAAUGUAUUCAAUUAUGUAACAGUGAAAGUGUUCAGUUACUGAGGAAACUAGCUCUGUUUUGCUAUAGAGCAUUUCAACACCGAAAUAAUAUAUUAUAUAAUUAAUUUAAAGCUUCUCCAACAUAACUCACGUAUAAUAUUAUUUGUGUGUGUCUAUAUCCUAAAUUAUUUAAUUGUGUUGUAUUAAUUAGCUUAUCCUCUUAUUAUUAUUACAUUGUUAGCAUUUAUAUAAUGAAAUGCAUGUAUAUAUACACCUCCUGUUUUAUAAUGUAUUUACUUAAUGUUAUUGUGUAUGCUCAAGGGCCAGUUGGCCUAAUGCAAUAAAGAAUAAUAACAUAUA